AUGGGUUCUAAGUCGCCAAAUAUUGUUGCAUUUGUGUUAUCACUACUUGUUAUACUUCUCACNCUUUCCUUUCAAGUUGGAGUCGUGGAAUCUACUGGCCGCAAACUUGCAUGGGGGUUUAGGGGAGCGCCUAUCGUGUGGACACCACCCUCAAGAUCAUGUGGAACUUCUCCAGCAUCGGUACUGUCUUCGGNGUGGAGGCCACGCCGACCAUGUAGACGUCCUCCUGGAACUAAUAUCCCUGUUUCUCAAUCUCCUUAA